AGAAAACACUAAUUCAAUUGGUCCACUAGAAAAAUAUUAACAUUUCCACAAUGUAUGUCUAAGUGGGAAAACUUGAUAAUCCCAAAAGAUGAAGGAGGUAUUGGUAUUAGAAGCAUGAGAGAUAUUUGUAAUUCCUUGAUUGUAAAGAGAUGGUGGAGGUUCAGAACUCAAACUUCUCUCUGGGCUCAAUUCUUAAUCAACAAGUAGUGCAAAAGAUCUCAUCCAAUUGGAAAAGUGUCAACAUCUGGGGAUUCACAUAAUUGGAAAAGCUUGAUGAAAAUCAAAGAGCAAGCAGAACCUAACAUUACUUGGAAAGUACAACAAGGCAAUUCAAGUUUUUGGUGGGACAACUGGACAGGUAUAAGGGCCUUGGCUAAGCUUUGCCAAGGCCCAGGUAAGUUCUUCCAAAACCCCCGUUAAAUCUUUUAUCCUGAAUAAUUCGUGGAACUUCAACAAGUUAAACAUGUUGUUCCCAAUUAUAUUGUGGAUAUCAUAUCCAACAUAGCAAUCGGUAACAACACUGAGAAGGAUUAUCCCAUUUGGAAUAAUACUGAAAAUGGUCUAUUUGAUAACUAUUCUGCAUGGCAUCUAGUUAGAAAACAAAGACCAAAAAAUAGUUUUUUAAAUAAUCUCUGACACAAUAGGUUGCCUUCUAAAAUAUCCUUCUUAACUUGGAGAAUGUUUAAAAAGAAACUUCCUUUCAAUGACAUAAUUACUAGAAUGAAUAUCAACUCACAAAAUGAUUAUUUUUGUUAUAGGAAUGCACAAAGUGACAUAAUGCAUCAUGUUUUUGGAUAAGGCGAAGCAUCAACACAACUGUGGAGCACCCUAGGGAAUCCUUUGGGCAUUCAACAUAUAAAUCAACCUACGACCCACAUUUUCAAGGCAUGGUGGGGCAUAAAACCAAUCAAUGAAAUUCACAAAAUGAUUCUGAAGAUCACCCCCACAAUAAUAUGCUGGGAGAUUUGGAAGCAAUGGUGUGCCUGCAAAUAUGGAGGGCAAAGGUUAAUACAGAGGAUUAGACAAGUCACAUGGCAAAUGCCUUCUGUCGGAACGUUAAAGAUCAACUCAGAUGGCAGCUACAUUCAUGAAAAUGGGAGAGAUGGAAUUGGAGGACUAGUUAGGAAUAGUCACGGAGAUCUUCUCAUGACAUUCUCUAUUCCUAUCUAUUCCAGUAGCAGCAACAUGGCUGAGGCCAUGGCGGCCGAGCUUGGCGUAAAACGGUGCUAUCAAUUCGGGCAUACCAAUUUUACUCUAGAACUCGACUCUAUGGACUUAGUUAACAUGCUCAACAACAGUGGGGUAACCAAUGUGAAGCUCAAACUGAUGAUAGACUCUAUCAACAACAUCCAAAACAAAGUCCAGAUGCAAGUUCGACACUGUUAUAGAGAAGGAAAUCAAGUAGCAGACUUCUUAGCAAAAAUGGCCUCCAACUCAAACCAAACUCUCAUCACUCACUCUUACAACAUUCUUCCGAUACAAGCUAGAGGAGCUUUCUUGCUAGAUAAAUGGCAACUGCCAAGCGUGAGAUGUAAAUAUGAUAGAGCUAAUUUCUUUGUAAGUUAGUUUCAUGUUUGUUUCAUCUCCUAGAAGGUACUAGUUGAUUUUGUAAGCCUUCUAGUAUUUUGUGGGCAUUGGUUUCACCUAGGCUUAGUGUUGUAUUGAGGUCAGGUCUAACUCCCCUCUGCUCCUUUUUUGCUAAUACAACACAACCCGAAUCUCUGAGUUAA